UCUUUGUCUUUGUUUCUUAAUUAACAAAAUACGAGAUCAUGAAUUUCCAUUUUUAUUUAUUUCAUUUCCCCUCCUGCGAUCCAAAGCAUUUUCUUGCUCUCUGUCUCACUCGACUCUCUUGCUUUCUAUACAACUGAGAAAUUUUACAUACAUGCAGUUAUACAAACAUUAUACAGGGACUACACGCACAAAACACACACAGCACGAAAGACCUCAACAACCCUAGACGCCAUUAAAGCUGAACCUUGGAGCUUGAAACCAUAUCUGUCGCUGCUAAAAUCUCUCUCAUUCUCUCAUAUAAGUUCAAGCCCUAACAGGGAAGGUCGCAGUAUGCGUCAUUAAAGUUUCAUAGAAAUUAGAGAUGGUAUAGAGAUUUUCAAACAACUUAAGCAGUCUAAGAAAGCAAAGUGAAAAUGAGAGCACUCAUUGGACCUCUGUGUCGGCGAGGUUUACAAUGGAGAAGAUCAUUCUGCAAGGACAACAUCGAUGGCGAUGGAUUUCAGAGUUCAAAGGUCAAAAUUUUCGAUCGUCAUCUCAAACGCAAACAACGUGACCGGGCUGCAUGGUUGAUGUCUCCGAAGGAUUCUUUUGUUGAUACUGUGGCUGAGAAUCUAUUGGAUCGAUUGGAGGAUUGCAAAAAGACAUUUCCUACAGCGUUAUGUUUGGGGGGUUCCUUGGAAGCUGUUAGGCGUUUGUUACGUGGGCGCGGUGCCAUCGAAAAGCUAAUUAUGAUGGAUACAUCAUAUGACAUGGUGAAAAUGUGUAAAGAAACUGAGCAAGAUGUGUCCAGUAAGAGCAUUGAAACAUCAUUUGUGGUUGGUGAUGAAGAAUUUUUGCCUUUAAAAGAAAGUUCUGUAGAUCUGGUAAUCAGUUGCUUGGGGCUCCAUUGGACGAAUGAUCUUCCUGGAGCCAUGAUACAGAGUAGGCUGGCAUUGAAGUCUGAUGGCCUAUUUUUGGCAGCUAUUCUUGGUGGAGAAACAUUAAGGGAACUGAGAAUAGCAUGCACUGUAGCACAAAUGGAGCGGGAAGGAGGCAUCAGUCCACGAUUAUCACCCUUGGCACAUGUGCGUGAUGCGGGGAAUCUUUUGACUAGGGCAGGCUUCACUCUUCCAGGUGUUGAUGUUGAUGAAUACACUGUUAGAUAUAAAAGUGCUCUUGAACUGAUAGAGCAUCUGCGAUCAAUGGGUGAAACUAAUGCUCUUUUACAAAGGAAGAAUAUCUUAAAGAGAGAGACAGCCCUGGCAACUGCAGCCGUUUACGAGUCAAUGUUUGCAGAAGAAGAUGGCACCGUCCCUGCAACCUUUCAGGUUAUCUACAUGACAGGGUGGAAGGAACACUCUUCUCAGCAGAAGCCUAAAAGUAGGGGGUCUGCAACAGUUUCAUUCAAAGACAUCCAGGACAAAUUCGGCAAUAGUAGUGGUGGCUGACGCUCUCUUUCUCUAUGUUUAUAUCAGUUUUUAACUCUGAUUUCUGUGUUUUAUUUAUUUCUUCCUUUCGGCAAACGAUAUGUGAACUUUCCUCAAACAAUAAGUUCAAUUUCUAAUGUAUUAAUCACUAAAAUUUCGCA